AACAGUCUCUGAUCAGUGUAAAGGAUCCAGCAAGUCGGUGGGCAGCAAUUUGAAAUCAAUAGUUUUUUUCGAUACAAUUGUCUGUUGUUAAGAAUAUGUUGUUCUGUUGGGUUAGCUUCGCUGUUAUAUUUACAUUGACUUGGGCACAUGAUGCACGUCGGGUAACGUUAUCUUGUGGUCCGGAGUCGCCAUCGGAGAAGGGCGAUGCUGGGUCUCCUGGAAAACGAGGUCCUCCUGGCGAGGAAGGAUUAAAAGGAGACAUUGGUCCUCCUGGAUUGAAAGGUGAACCAGGAGACUCUGAAUCUUGGAGAGAAUCUUUUCAGCUUCUGUCGAUGGAAAUCGCUCAUCUUAGAACAGAGGUGUACACUUUGCUACCAACGAAUUGCAAGCAAGCACAUGAAGCCGGAAACAUUAAUAGUGGAAUCUACAAAAUCAAAAAGAACGGGACUAUAAUUGAAGUUUACUGUGAUAUGACAAAGGACGGUGGUGGAUGGACGGUUUUCCAGCGUCGAAUAAACGGUGAACAAGAUUUCUAUCUUACAUGGGAAGAAUACCGGCGAGGAUUCGGCAAUAAGAGUAGAGAGUUUUGGAUGGGAUUGGACAAUCUACAUUUAUUGACAAGAGACGGUUCGUAUGAGUUAAGGAUUGAACUCAAAGAUUGCGGAAAUCAAACGUUUUACGCCAAAUAUGGGGCAUUUAAAGUGAUGAAUCUAUCAACCAACUUUCGAUUGCAGGUUUCAGGUUUUCGUGGAAGUCCUGGUUUAACAGAUUCUUUAAGAGAACAUAAUGGCAUGUCUUUCUCGACAAAAGAUCGUGACAACGACGCUGGUAGUUCUGCACUAAGUUGUGCCGAACAGUGGCGUGGUGCUUGGUGGUACUGGAGAUGUCAUCAUUCCAACCCUAACGGAGAAUACCGGCCAUGUGCAGUGACGCCACGGUCAAUGACUUGGUACAAUAACCGUGCCUACGUAGGAUUUCGAUUUAUCGAGAUAAAAUUCCGUUCCCUUUAAAACUAAGAUUUAAAUAAUUUUCCAAAUGUAAUAUAUAGGGUGGAGUGAGACAAGACACCUUUUCUACUUUCUCGUCCCAUUUAGUAGUAAACAAAGAAAAUUCAAAGAAUUAUAAAACCGUAUCCUUACGACUUCCAUAGACCGUUGUUAAUUGUUUAAAACACGACCAGAAUAUUUGUAUAUUAUGUGCUAUACCUGUCCCAUCCUUCCCCACAAAACUAUACAUGUGCUUUCUGUUGCAUUUUAUGCGUCUGACCGUAUUGUAAAUAAAUGUAUAGUGCACCGCA